AACAAAACGUCGGUAGAUGGGGAGCGCGGUAUCUUCCGAUGUCAUCGGGACGAUGGAUGAUGCCUCACUCACGUCGAUCCUCAAGGAGGUCCCGCCACACACACAUGAAAGUCAGCGUAGCUCACCCUUUGGAAUCUCAUCUUAGGCGAUGAAGAAAGACCCGGCCCGCAUCGAUCGGCUGUUUGCUGCUGCACGCCUCGCCAUUCGAGACGAACAGGUCGCUGCCAGCGCCGCAAAGGAUGAUGCUCCUCCUAGUGACGAACAUGGUGGUAAGACUCUGUCAGAAGAAGAAUUUGCCGCUGCAGUUGCCGCCGAGUUGAACGCUGUCCGCACGAAUCCGCAAUCAUACAUUCCGUACCUGGAAGCCAUGUUAACGCAAUUCUCCGGCAACAUCUUGACCAUUCCUUCCGAAGGCAUUCGCCUUCAAACGGAAGAAGGUCCGACGGCGGUGCAAGACUGCCUGGUCUUCUUAAAGGCGCAUCAGCCAGUGGACUACUUGGUGUUGGAACCCAACAUGUCCAAAGCUGCCGUGGACCAUGCAUUAGACCUUGGCAACAACGGCGCUGUGAGCCACACGGGCAGUGAUGGCAGCACAAUGGUCGGUCGCCUCGAGCACUAUGGCGAGUGGAAAGGAUCUAUUGGAGAACUGCUCGCGUUCGGGCUAUGUCGGCCACGCAACGUAGUGCUGCAGCUCCUCGUGGACGACGGCGUGCCCACCCGCGGCGAUCGCAUGAGUCUCAUGGACAACAAAUUCAAAAGUGUCGGCGUCGGCUUUCACACGCACAAGUUCCAAAAGUUUGUGUGUGUGUUGGACUUUGCCGGCGGGUUUGGGGCGUUGGGUACGUCUUGCUCUGGUUGUACGAGGGCGCCACCAUCAUUUUGUCGUCGUAUGCGAUACAGUGAGACGAUGAUCCCAACCACCAUCGACCUGUGUAGUGGACAAGCUCACGACGGCCAAGCUCGUGCACGCGCGGGGGGAAAUCACGUCGGACGUAGAGCUCGUCCUCCAGAGCAUCCCGUUUGACGAGCUCAAGAUCGAAGUGCGCGAAGUGCUCACGAACGCCCCUCAAAAGUCCGUCUCGCUCAACUACAAACCUGGCUCGAUUGAGGUAACGGUGACAAACCCCGACGGAUCGAGCCAAAUCAAAUCGGGGACGUGGGGGGUCGCGGACGCCGCGCAAUAGAUGAAGUCUUGACAACAGAGUGAGUAUUCGUACGUGUUGAGUACAUCACAACACUCAAACGACAGUAACGUACCUAGUAUAUUGUUACUAGUAUAGGUUUCCUUAUUACCUGGUUAAAGGAACAAUGCGUGAAAAGUGCUGCUACAGAAUGGACCCAAGUCGAGUGAGUGAGUCGGUAGAGUGGCUUUUGUAAUGUACAAACGGUAG